GGCGUGGGCCGGGGGGAGGGGAGCAGGCACACAGGCUGCCCUGAUCUCACCGCCUCCCGCCCACCUGCAGUGUCCGUGAGCAUCAGCAACCUGUACCCGGGCUGUGAGCACGUGAGCGUGAGGAGCCGCAGCAUGAUGUUUGAGCCGGGCCUCACCCGAGGGACCCUGGAGGUGCUGGUGGCCCCGCCCCAGCACCCACACUGCGCAGCUGACGACCAGUCCACUAAGGCCAUCGACAUCCAGAACGCUUAUCUGAACGGAGUCGGUGAUUUCAGCGUGUGGGAAUUCUCUGGAAAUCCUGUAUACUUCUGCUGUUAUGACUACUUUGCCGCAAACGACCCCACGUCCAUCCACGUCAUUGUUUUCAGUCUGGAAGAACCCUACGAGAUCCAGUUGAACCAAGUGAUCUUCUGGCUGAAUUUCCUGAAGUCUCUUGUGCCCGUUGAAGAACCCAUCGCCUUCGGCGGCAAGCUGAAGAACCCGCUGCAUGUCGUCCUGGUGGCCACCCACGCCGACAUCAUGAACGUGCCUCGGCCGGCUGGAGGCGAGUUCGGAUAUGACAAGGACACGUCCUUGCUCAAGGAGAUCAGGAACAGGUUUGGGAACGAUCUUCACAUUUCAAACAAGCUGUUUGUUCUGGAUGCCGGCGCUUCAGGCUCUAAGGACAUGAAGGUCCUUCGAAGUCACCUGCAAGACAUCCGGAGCCAGAUUGUGUCGGUGUGCCCUCCGAUGACCCACCUGUGUGAGAAAAUCAUGUCCACGCUGCCUUCCUGGAGGAAGCUCAACGGGCCCAACCAGCUCAUGUCGCUGCAGCAGUUCGUGUACGACGUGCAAGACCAGCUGAACCCACUGGCCAGAGAGGGUGACCUCAGGCGCAUAGCCCAGCAGCUGCACAGUGCUGGCGAGAUCAACAUCAUGCAGAGUGAAACGGUCCAGGACGUGUUACUCCUGGACCCCCGCUGGCUCUGCACCAACGUCCUGGGGAAGCUGCUCUCCGUGGAGACCCCACGGGCCCUGCAUCACUACCGGGGCCGCUACACCGUGGAAGAUGUCCAGCGCCUGGUGCCCGACAGUGACGUGGAGGAGCUGCUGCAGAUUCUCGAUGCCAUGGACAUCUGCGCCCGGGACCUGAGCAGCGGGACCAUGGUGGACAUCCCUGCCCUGAUCAAGACAGACAACCUCCACCGCUCCUGGACGGACGAGGAGGACGAGGGGAGGGUCUAUGGUGGCGUGCGCAUCGUCCCCGUGGAGUACCUCACCCCCUUCCCGUGCGGCAUCUUUCACAAGGUCCAGGUGAACCUCUGCCGGUGGAUCCACCAGCAGAGCGCUGAGGGCGACGCAGACAUCCGCCUGUGGGUGAACGGCUGCAAAAUUGCCAACCGUGGGGCCGAGCUGCUGGUGCUUCUCGUCAACCACGGCCAGGGCAUCGAGGUGCAGGUGCGAGGGCUGGAGACGGAAAAGAUCAAGUGCUGCCUCCUGCUGGACUCCGUGUGCAGCACCAUGGAGAACGUCAUGGCCACCACGCUCCCGGGGCUGCUGACGGUGAAGCAUUACCUGAGCCCCCAGCAGCUGCGGGAGCACCAUGAGCCCGUCAUGAUCUACCAGCCGCGGGACUUCUUCCGGGCGCAGACCCUGAAGGAGACCUCACUGACGAACACCAUGGGUGGGUACAAGGAAAGCUUCAGCAGCAUCAUGUGCUUUGGGUGUCACGACGUGUACUCACAGGCCAGCCUAGGGAUGGACAUCCACGCCUCAGAUCUGAACCUCCUGACCCGGAGGAAACUAUGUCGUCUCCUGGACCCCCCCGAUCCCAUGGGAAAGGACUGGUGCCUUCUCGCCAUGAACUUGGGUCUCCCCGACCUUGUGGCGAAGUACAACACCAAUAACGGGGCUCCCAAGGAGUUCCUCCCAAGCCCAGUCCACGCCCUGCUCCGGGAAUGGGCCUCCUACCCCGAGAGCACGGUGGGCAUCCUCAUGUCCAAACUGCGGGAGCUGGGGCGUCGGGACGCGGCAGACUUUCUACUGAAGGCGUCCUCUGUGUUCAAGAUCAACCUCGACGGCAAUGGCCAGGAGGCCUAUGACUCAAGCUGCAACAGCGGCACAUCUUAUAAUUCCAUUAGCUCCGUCGUGUCCCGGUGAGGGCAGCCUUUGGCUUGGGCAGGGUCUCUUUGGACUGCAGACCAGGGGGACGCAGCCCCUCUUUCCCAUCGGAAAUUCAGGGUGCAUCUUCCCUGUGCCCACAUACUGAAGGACGCCACCCUCCCUCCUGCUUUACCAAUUUCUCUGCCACUACCUCCCUCCCACUCACACACUCCACUGUAUGUGAAUGGUCUUUCUAGUUUCAGAGCAGACCAUACAUAACCCUGUCCUUUGGCCAUUUGAGAAACUAGCGUCCCUCCUCUCUGCGUUCUGGAUCCAUCUCUCAUCUCCAGCACCUUGCUUCUUGCUGAUAAUUUUACUGGAAUUCCUAGCUUUCAAUGAAAUUUUUUAAACUACGGAUUGUCCUUUAAAGAAAAAAAAAAGCACACAUUUAUCCAAAAUGUGUAUUUCUUAUCCUCUUUUUCUUGUUAGACCAUGUCCUCAGCUUCUCUCUUUGAUAUUUGUAGGAAAGACUCCCAUGUGUGGAAUCCCGCUGUAUGACUGAUAAACAGACAACAUGUGAGUGCCUUUGCAGAAGAGGGUGUGUUUGAGACCAUCCAGGUCAGCCAGGAGCUGUCGUGAAGGAGACGCUCCCUCUCUGUCCCUUGCUGUCUGCUGAUCAUCGCCAGAGGUGCUUCACCCUGAGGUGUUUUUUUUCCCCCAGUAAUUUUUGUGUUUCACUUGGCAAGGAAAGGGGAGGAAGGAAUCCUCUUCUAGAGUCAUUUUACGGCCAGUGUUGUUUUCAUGGAAAGACAUGUCUUUGUCGCUCUUGUUUAAACGUCAACGUGCGCGUCCACGCAGCACCUGCAGACUGUCCCCCUGCCUCAUUCCCACGCAUCUCAGGUAGAAGGUGACACAGCUGUAGGUGAGGAAGGUCUGUGGGAGAACUCAGAACACCCCUGACCCGUGAUGUGUGACAGUCCGUUGUCACUGGUGCACAGUAGGUGAUUUUCACAUUAGGUCCUGGUUCCAUAACUUCAUAUACUUGAAGUCUAAUAAGAUGAAGGAAGCCAGUUUCCUUGCAGUGAUUUUAAAUUGUGAUAAGAGUAUUAAGUUGAUAUGAGGGAACGUGUCCUAAUUCUUCUAUCCUGGGAAGCAUGUAAUUUUAAUGUUACAUUACAUGUGUG